UGAAAAUCGCUUAGCUUAAUAGUUACGAAGCUAACAAUGUUUCAUUCCUGGACUAUAAUAUCUUGUAGAAGGUACUGAAAAUCAAAAAGAUUUCUUUUAAUAACCAAAAUUCAUAGCUAUAACAUAUUUUUAAAAUAUUCUGAACCCGAUUUUAUUAUUUUUUAAAUUAACAUGUAUUCGAAAAAUAUUUUACUGUUUUUCUGCGUGACAUUAUACGUUUUGCAAUGUCAGAGUGUCCCACCUCAGGCACUAACUGAUUUGAUUAGAACCGUAAUCGCAAGGCAUGCGGGACAAGAUGGCAGGGUGGAAUUUGAUAAAAUAAGAACUGUAUUAUACGAAGUAGCAACCACACUCAACAUGCCAUUUGAGAUGGCCAGUUACGAAGACUUGAAAAUAAAAUUUACAUAUUCAAGUGAUGACGCUGAACUAUGUGCCCUAGUGUUUAUAGCUAGAGAUGAACCGAGAAUAAAUGGGUUGGUUAGUGGCAUAGUCGCAAGACAUGUGGGACCUGAUGACGUCAUAGACUUUGAUGAAUUAAAAAAUGUAUGUACCAUUGUCGGAGAGCAAUUCAACAUAACCAAAGAUUUCCUCAGUAUAGAUCUAUUUCAAAGGAGAGCAUUACCAUUAGGCCGUAAAUUUGGAAGGAAGGAAGUUGAAUUGUGCGCUCUAGGGUUUUAUGCUUCAGCAAAACAGGGAAUAAAUGAAACAGUAAAACGUGCAGUCAGGAAACAUGAAAACCCUAAAGGCAUAGGCUAUGACCAUUUAAAAAAAAUAAUCAAGGAAGUAAAACGGAAAUUGAGCAUAACAAAGCCAUUCUACAGUUUGGAUGAUUUCAAAACCGAAUUUUCAGUAAUGAAAUUCGAUGCGGGACAUGUUGAACGAAUAGUCAUUACAAAUUUGUUUCCAUGGUUUCUUUGAUUACAAUAUUAAAAAUUAUUUGAAUUGCUGAAUGUAUGAAGUGUAUCACAUUUUGACAUAAAAAUAUAAUUUUGAUUGAUUAAUAAAAUUGUU